CCUUGAAUAUUGACCGAUCGAGCUUCGUCCCAAUACCAAGUAGCCACCUACCUCAAACGUUGGAAUCCUCCUUAAAAUCAAGCGGCGUUCUUCUUCUGCAUCAGGUCUCCAGGCACCAGACAUGGCUCCGAAAAGGGUUCUGUUCCUGUGCUAUGACUAUGUCGAAGAUGCCGAGGUGAUGGUUCCAUUCCAAGCUUUGCAAGCUUUCGGCGUCUCCGUUGACGCCGUUUGCCCCGGAAAGAAAGCCGGCGACAUCUGCCCCACCUCCAUUCAUCAGAUUCGGAUUUGUCCAGAGACGCGUGGUCACGAUUUCACACUCAAUGCAACGUUCGACGAAAUCAAAGCAACAAACUACCACGGAUUAGUAAUACCCGGCGGGAGAUCACCGGAACAUCUCGCUCUUAUUCCAAGCGUUGUGGAGCUGGUUUCAGAAUUUGCCGAUUCAGGAAAACCAAUCGCUGCGAUCUGUCAUGCACCGUUGGUCCUGGCGGCCGCCGGGGCAGUGAAAGGUCGCAAGAUCACUGGAUUUCCCGCAAUCGGACCGGUCCUCGUCGCCGCCGGUGCACAUUGGGUUGAACCAGAAAGCAUUGGCUCCACUAUAGCCGUGGCCGAUGGCAACAUCAUAUCGGCCGUUACAUUCAAAGGACAUUCCGCAUUCAUACGCCUUUUUGUGAAAGCUUUAGGAGGCAGCAUCAGCGGGCCCCACAAGAAGAUCUUGUUUCUUUGUGGAGAUUACAUGGAAGAUUAUGAAGUGACGGUUCCGUUUCAGUCUUUUGAGGCAUUGGGAUGCCACGUGGAUGCGGUUUGCCCGACAAAGAAAGCCGGCGAGACCUGCGGAACCGAAUGUCGCGAGGCCGAAGGCGGCCACACUUUCAGCGACAAGGCAGGAUAUGACUUCGUGUUAAGUGCUAACUUCGAUGACGUGAAUGUUUCGUCCUAUGAUGCUCUUGUCAUUCCAGGAGGCAAAGCCCCUGCUUAUUUGGCUUUGAAUCACUCUGUUCUCGCCCUGGUCAACCAUUUCAUGCAGAACAAUAAGCCUGUAGCUUCCAUCUCCCAGGGACAAAAGGUUUUAGCGGCUGCUAAUGUUCUCAAGGAAAGGAAAUGCACGGCUCACCCGACUGUGAAGCUGAACGUGGUUCUGGCGGAAGGAACAUGGAUGGAACCUGAUCCCAUUCACCGUUGCUUCACCGAUGGUAAUUUGGUCACCGGAGCGUCGUGGUACGGCCACCCUGAGCUCAUUUCUCAGCUCAUGGCACUGCUCGAUGUUCGUGUAUCUUUCUGAGCCUAUUUUUUUCUGGUUUCGUGUGUGUGUGUGUUACAAGAGAAGCCAGUGGAUGCUUCAUGAAUUAGAAUAAAAGUAUCUGUGUUUUCUUCA